CAGACGUGUGUUUCGGGAGGAAGGCGGAAGUGAUGGCGGCGGCGGAGGCUGAGUGGGAGCCGGCGGGGCUGCUGUCGGCCCCAGGGAGCGGCCUCGACUGGGAGGCGGUGCUGGGCGAGGAGCUGAGCGAGCUGCUGGGCGCCGCGGAGCCGCGGCGGGCCCCGAGGGACGAGUCCGACGAAAAUGAUCUCUGUAACUUUCAUUUUGAUUUGGAUUUGAUGUCUUGGGACUCGGACCUUUGGAAUAUUACAGGCCAUGCUUUUACAGAUGCAAGUGUGAAGACAGAACCCUUAUCACCAGCCACUUCAAAUUGUUCGGUCCCUUCUCCAUCAUCUGUGGACUCUCCAGUGCAGAAUGUGCCUGAUGAUGUGGACUUCAGCAGUAGCUCCCAGAUGUCUCCAGUCUCUCUCUACAGCAAGAGUUGCAGAAGCCCUGCAUCCCCUGGAGGAGAUGGAGGGAAGAAGCCUGCUAUCAGCAUCACUUCUCGGCCUGCAAAUAACUCUGCAAGGACCCUGAAGAGGUGUAGUCAGACAGUGUCCAGGCCUUUGAUACAACCCAAACCGCUUUUGCCUGCUGUACCUGAAGCUCAGGCUAACGUUGGCAUCCCAGCUAAAACCAUCAUUAUUCAGACUCUUCCCACACUUGUGCCACUGCCAAAACAUCAGCCAGUUGUUAAUGUCCAGCCAGCACCUCCUAAAGGUCAAUCUGUGGUGCUCCCCCAGCCCACUGUUGUACAGCUCCAAGCUUCUGGGGUGGUUCCUGCCUCCCAGCCAGUCAUAGCUGUCACUGGAGGAACUACGCCACUUCACAAUCAUACUGUGAAUGCAUUGCCUUCAGCUGCUGGAAAUGGCUCAACAUGUGGCAAAAUAACAGUGACAAAGCCCUUGCUUCAAAGCACCACACCAGCAAUGGGACUGGAUGUCAAUGUCUUGAGACGGCAGCAGCGCAUGAUCAAAAACCGUGAGGCAGCCUUUCAGUCACGGAAGAAAAAGAAGGAAUACAUGUUGGGGCUGGAGGCAAGGCUGGAGGCAGCCUUGCUGGAGAAUGAGAAACUCAAGAAAGAAAACAGCACACUGAAGAGGCAGCUGGAUGAAAUAGUAUCGGAGAAUGAGAAGCUCAAAGUAUCAUCUCCAAAGAGAAGGACCCUGUGUGUGAUGGUGAUACUGGCUUUCAUAAUGUUGAAUUAUGGUCCAUUGAGUGUAUUUGAAAAGGAUCCCAAUGGAGUUGAUUCCACUGCGAGUUCCAACCACCGAACCAGAAAUCUUCUGGAGUUCUCAGCUAGCCAGGAGUCCAGCACAGCUCAGAAAAUGCCUGGGGACAUCAUUCCCGAGAAGAGUAAUAGGUAUGAUCGUUCUGUAUCUGAUAACAAAGCACUGAUGAUAGUCUCAGAAGAACCACUGUUAUAUAUUUCACCGCCCCCACCCCCCUGUCAGCCCCUGAUUAACCGGACAGAGUCACUGAGGCUGAAUCACGAACUUCGAGGAUGGGUUCAUAGACAUGAAGUGGAACGAACAAGAUCUAGAAGAUCGUCAAAUAACCAACAGCAGAAAGCACGGGUUACGCAGAGCUCCCUCAGCAAGAAGGCAGAUUCUCAGCUAAUGGCCAUGCCUUACACAGACACCAGCCUCAGCAGGAACUCAGGGAAUGAGCUGCAAGUGUAUUAUGCCUCUCCAAGGAGCUACCAAGAUUUUUUUGAAGCUAUUCACAGAAGGGAAGAUACAUUCUACGUGGUGUCAUUUCGCAGAGACCACCUGUUAUUGCCAGCCACCACACAUAACAAGACCAGAAGACCAAAGAUGUCUAUAGUGUUGCCAGCUGUAAACAUCAAUGAGAAUGUGAUCAAUGGGCAGGACUAUGAGGUGAUGAUGCAGAUCGAUUGUGAAGUGAUGGACACCAGGAUCCUCCACAUCAAAAGUUCAUCUGUCCCGCCAUACCUCCGAGAGCAGCGCAGAAACCACACUGACACCUUCUACAGUGCAUCUCCCUCCGUCCCAGAGACAUCCCAUGCCCUGAGGGCUAUUGUCAAAUCCCUGCAGUAGCUCCUGCAGCAGCAGCAACCCACACGCAGCAGGUCCUACUGCCAGACUGAACCCCUUUGCCAGCAGGUCCUGGAGCUCCUGGCACAUCAGCACAACAAGGGCAGACUCCACUUAGCCCAUUCCUGUGCCUGACCCUACCCAACAGCCAUAUCCUGCCCAGGGAUUAUAUUGCUCAGCUGGCUUCUUGGCAGGGACAGGCCUGGGGGACCCAUGCAGCGUGCAAUGCCUGGUGCCAAGGGUGUGGGUGAGGCACUCUGCUACAGUCCUCGUGUUGGCAUCAGCCACUGGUGCCCAGGGCUGGCACAGGGGGGACAAAGGACACAGGCCGUCCUUGCUACUUACGCAGUCCAGAAUUGUGGGUUGUUCGGUUUGUUGUUUUUUUGUUGUUUGUUUUUGUCCCUGUUAAACUCCUCCUGAGGUGGGGUGCUGAGUGCUGGGGUCCUGCCCAGAGGCACCACUGCAGAGGCCCAUGCUCAAGAUCAGGCUUCCCUCCCUACAGUGCGCUCGGGGCAGCAGGAGGAAGCUUGCAGGAAGCUCUCCCUGCAAGUGCAGGGACAGCCGCAGCCCCGCACCCCAUGCUAAGCCUGCCACUCCAGCCCUGGCCCUGCACCCCAGGAGCAGGAGCAUCCCUCCUCUGCCACAGUGGCUGUGCUGGGCCUGGACAGAUAGUCCCACUCCUCUUCAACCCCACAUGCCUGCCCAAAUCCCUGCCCAUACAGCCUCCCUUGCCAGGAAGCCCUGGGCUACUGCCCAGGAUUGCAGCAGUGCUAUGGGGCAACCCAGCCCCAGCCACCCAGCAGGGUGGUGGGAACCCCCACUUACAGCCAGAGCACUACAAGCAGAACAGCUUACCACGGUGGUAUGGGGUGAGGCAGUGUGUACGCACACAGAGAGAGAGUGGUAAAAGGCUGUAGCUUGCCCCAGGGGUGGUGAUUUAGUGGAGACGUGUAUUUGUGAGGAGUGUACUGCUAUUCUUUUUGUUUGUUUGGAUUGGUUUUUUCCUUCUGUUUCUUACUUAGUUUUGGUUUUUUUGAGUUGUUUUUUUUUGUUUGGUGUUUGGUUGUUUGUUUUUUUUAUUUUAUAUUUAAUGCUUUUCACUAACAGCCUAUAGAGCUGUUGGACCUGCUGGGGCAGAACAGCUGCUUCAGUUUGGUGGGACACAACAACAGCACCUCCCUCCUGACACACAGACACUUGCACACCCCUUCUCUGCCUUGCACUGAUAGCCACCCAUCACACAGCAGGGGAGCUGCUGUUUGUCCCCGAGCACUGAGCGACCAGACAUGGCUCUUGCUGCAGCCGAGUGCUGCCGUUACACAGCCUGCUGCAGAGCUCUCAGCUGGUCCCAGGUUUGCCAGGCCGGAGCUGGGCCGUAGGGCUCCAGCACGCAGUGCGCUGCUGUGUUCAGCUGGGAUGAGACACCAGCGAAGCAUCGGCCUUUCCUAAUGACUUCAGCAUGUUACAUUAUUUUUUUUCCCCUUUGCAGUUAGCAUAUAAAAUCAUGGGCUUCAGUUUGCCAGCCAACUGCCUUCAUUGUCUGAACCGCUGACUGAUGUGGGGUGGUUUUAUUAUCAUUAUUAUGGUUAUUAAUAUUAUUUGUGUGUGCGGCUGUUAGGAAAUAAAGGUUGAUCCUGUAGCAAGGCAAACAGCUCAGGGGAAUCCGGGAGGAGGGUGAGGAGCAAUACACCCCUGUAAAGUAUGUGCCUUGCAACACUAUGGAAAAGCUUUGCCCUUUGCCACGUAGUCAGCGUGAGCUGCACAGGCCCCCUGUCCCCUUGGCGCUUGCGCUGCUGGGAAGCAGCCGGGCUCGGUGAGGGCUUUGGCUGCGCUCCUUGCACCAGUUCCUUUCCUGGCCCAGCCCCACCUGACUGUGGGCCAGCUCACACAAUAGUCAAAACCAAACCCCAGCAGUGCCCCAGGCAGCAGCACGCAGCUCCUCACAGCGCUGCGCAGGGGUGACCAGCCUCUGGGGGGGUGCUGCUGUGUGGCUGGGGAGGGGACCUGGCGAUGGUGGAUGAGCUUGGCGCAGCCCAGCCUGUUGGAAAAGGCUUUUUGGGGGCUGGGGGCUUGGGCGCUGCUGUGGCACCGCAUCCUCAGCCAGCACCCGGGGCUCCAGUGGUGGAGAGCACCUCUUGGCCCUUGUAGUUCUGUUCUCUCUGUCCCUAGCACUGAAGGCAAUAAAAUGGUUCUUUUAUUUAUUAUUACUA